UGAGUUGAUCCCUCACACUGGGAAUGCCAGAAUAAAUCAAGGCUUGAACCUUAGUACAAUUAAUAAAUGGUCUAGGCCAGUCUCAGGUUUUCUCGGUCUAACAAACCAGUGUGGGUAUAGAAUUGACACUCCUUGGUCAUUGUUAUCAUAUAUUCACCAAAGAUCAGCUGACCACCUUAGUUGUUCCCUUCUCUUAUCUGAUCAUCUCUUCAGCUAUCCAUGGCUCAUGCAGUUUUAGGCUUGUAGCUUGAGGAUGGAAGUUGAUCCUCUAAGUCCAGAGAAUUCCGAUCAGGGAGGAGGAAGCACCUCAUCAGACCAACAGAAGGUGAGGUCUUACGACUGUACCUUUUGCAAGAGGGGCUUCUCUAAUGCACAAGCACUUGGGGGGCAUAUGAACAUCCAUAGAAGAGAUAGGGCAAAGCUCAAAGAACCCUUCAUCAUCGUCAAGGAGGAACCAUCCUUUUCUCCUCCUCCUCCUCCAGCUGGCUUAUCUUUAGAAUUGGAGUCCAGUGAAAACAAGGCUUGCAACCUAAGGCCGCCGUGGCCAAUUGUUACCAGAGAAUUACGGCAGCUACAGUUGUUUGUGGAGAGACCAUUAAGCAGUGAACAUCAUAAAUCAGGCAGUGAUGAAAGAGGGACUAAGAGGACUACUGAGGGUUAUAAGGAAUUGGACUUGGAGCUUCGAUUGGGCCCGGAAUCCUGAGAUUCAUGAUCAAGAUACAUGUAGGUCUCUGGUACCUAACACCUUUAAAUUUCGUUGUGUCAUAACCUGGUUUUGAUUGUUUUAUUUGAGACUACUUAUUCUUUUUUAGCGUUCAUAAACAAUAUUUGGUAAUAGAAGAAGACAGGAACUGUCUACAGUA